AUGCAUGACUCAAAUCAAACCGAUCAUCACAAAUCAAAAUCUCAUCAUCACGAUAAAAAGAAAUCAAAGGACGAAAAAAGACAUCAUAAAUCAAGAAAAACUGAAUCAAAACAGACUAAUCUAUCAGAUGAAGAAGCAUCAUGGGUAGAAAAACCAAUCGUUCAAUCUGUUAGAGAUAAUCUCUCAGAUCGUACGGUAGCAACAUCAUCACACUCGACACUUGAUCAAUCCAACAAAAAAACUACGACGAGCAGCUUAAAAGAGUAUGGUCAAGAUUCAUCAAAAAAUGAAGAGGUUGAUUUUUUCAGUUCACUUGGGAAAGAGAUGCGAGGUACCAAUGUACGGGAGGCGGCAGAACAACAGAAAGCAACGCAAGCAGAAGAGAAAAGAAUGUCAAGCUCUAUUGUAAGACUUGGUGCCGGUGAUCCUAAUUACAAACCCAACGAUGAUCCACCUUCUCCACCAGCUAAGCCAGUCUUUGGUGGACCAGGUUAUCAGUGGAGGAUGACAAAGCUGAAACGAACUUAUGAAACAGCAGCUGAGGAAAACCGAUCGAUUGAAGAAGUCGCCAUGGAACGUUAUGGUUCAUUAUCUGCUUGGGAAGAUGCUCAAGAAGAAAGCCGAGUCAUCAAUGGUUCACAACGUAAUCAUCAGAGAAGUCGAACGGAUAGCAGUAAAGGCAGUUUACAAAGUACCCCUGCACGCGAAGGUUCUGAUCGGAAAUAUCUUUUCUCAUCUGAGUCGGGAAGUGCCAAUCGGCCUGCAUUCAGGAGGCCCAUGAGUGGUCGUAAUACACCUGGGUCUGAAAGGGACAUCAAUACCCCGUCAAACAAUACCAAUGCUCACAGGCGUGUGGAUCUCCUUCGUCAAGAGUCAUCCUCGAAAUUCGCUUCACCUUCUUCCUCUGGGCCUUCGAGUCCUGUCCCAUCGGCAUUGAACCCAUUGGCAAGCGUGUCUUCAUCACCCAGACGACCAGAAGUGGCCUCAAGUACUGGCACAACGACGCUCGAUUUGAAUAAAUUACAAGCCGCAUUGAUGAAAGCCAAGAUGAUGGGCUCUGAUACAGUUCCUGACCUAGAGAAACAAUACGAAGCUGCCCUCAAAGCGAAGUCGGAGGAAGUCAUACCUGCUAACCAAGAACGUGUGGAAGUGGUACCUACACUUGAUGGUCGAGGAAGAAUGUAUGAUUUAGGGUCUGGUAAUGUAGAUGAGGCUGGACCAUCACAACCUGGAAAUCGACGCAAAAAAGAAGCCAAAGUUGAAACUCGGGACCCCAAAACAGGAGAAUUUUUGCGAUAUAACGCAGAUGAUGAUCAACUUAGCUUGAAAGAUCUAGUCCGACAAGAAAAGUUUCAAGCAGGUUCUGCUGAUCAGAAAAACAUGGACGCUGAGAUGGCUCGCAGUAUUAUGACGGAUAGUAAAUAUGAGAAUGAUCUGGACUAUAUCGAUGAUAAUGCCGAUCGCCUAGCCAAAAAGAAAAUGAAAACCGAUGCCUCCAAGCGUUUGUUUGCCAUCAACGAUUACUCCAGAACGAAAAAGGCAUUGGAGUCAUGUCAGUUUUGUUAUGGAGACGAUGGUUCACAUCCAAAGAUUGGAAUCAUAUCCAGUGGCACAAAAGUUUAUCUUUGUCCUCCAUUGUUCGAAGAGCUGGUUCCAGGGCAUUGUUGGAUUGUACCCAUGCAACAUGUACUCUGUUCUUUGGAACUAGAUGAUGACGCGUGGGAUGAAAUCAAAAACUAUAUGAAGUGUCUAAUGCGAAUGUUUUCAGAAAAGUUUGACCAAGGCGUACUAUUCUAUGAGACGAUCCUCUCUUUCAAACAACAACGUCAUAGUUACAUUGAAGCUGUUCCUAUCUCAUGGGACCUCUUCAGCGAUGCGCCAGCAUAUUUCAAAGAAUCUAUCAUGACUUCAGAAUCUGAAUGGUCACAACACAAAAAACUGAUUGAUUUUUCAGCAAGACCAGGUGGAUUUAGACGUUCGAUGGUAUCUAAUUUACCUUACUUUAUGGUACAAUGGGAUUAUAAAGGAGAAAAAGGAUAUGGACAUGUGAUUGAAGGAAAUGAUGAAAGUUCAGGAAGAGCUGGACGUGGUGAGAAUGGUUCAGAAGAGAUUUCAUCAAUUUUAGAUGAAGAAGGAAAAGGUGGUGAAUUUCCUAGAUAUUUUGCUGCUGAAAUUAUUGGAAAUUUACUUGAUUUAGAACCAAGGAAAUGGAGAAAACCAAAGAGAUUAGCUUAUCAUGUUCAUCAAAAACAAGUUUUAAAGUUUAAAGAUGAAUUAGGGUAUUCUAAGUAUGAUUGGACUGGACUUUUGACUCAAUAGUUUAUAAUCCUAUACCUGAAGGGUUUUCAGAGUUGUACUUUUUUAAGCUUAGGAUAUAGUCUAUAUUGAUUUAGGAAUCAUAAUUGGGUAUGGAUGUGUGAUUGUGUAUGUAG